AUGCCGAGAGCGACGCCGACUCUGUCGACAGCUGUCGACCUUUCGUGCCACAGUCCGCGCAACAGCGGCGACACCGGACCGCCGCCACCGAUCGACGAGCUGUCGACCUUCAACGCCGAGGCGGACGCGCACAACGCCUCGGCGCCCAAGGGCAUGACGGUGGCGCGGCCCGACGUCGAGGUCAGCUACACGGUCACACAGCUCGGCGAGGCGCGCGGACAGCUCACCAACCUCUCGGCCGAGCCCGUCCCCGAGGCCGUCCUCGUCGCCUUCAACGCCGAGGCGGACGCGCACAACGCCUCGGCGCCCAAGGGCAUGACGGUGGCGCGGCCCGACGUCGAGGUCAGCUACACGGUCACACAGCUCGGCGAGGCGCGCGGACAGCUCACCAACCUCUCGGCCGAGCCCGUCCCCGAGGCCGUCCUCGUCGCCUUCAACGCCGAGGCGGACGCGUACAACGCCUCGGCGCCCAAGGGCAUGACAGGUCGCGUGAUGCAGCACAACGAGCUGCGCAUGAUGUGUCAGAACGGUCGCGUGAUGCAGCACAACGAGCUGCGCGGCUCCUCGCUCGUGAUUCAAGCGCGGACUUGGCCUUCGCUGGAGUGCUGCUACCACCACUGUGCAGAACUCGUGAACAAUGAGGAGCGGCUUGCACUGGCCGACAUGAAGGAGAAGGCCGCGGAGCGGAGGAAAACCAACCCUGCUCUCACGGAGGUUGGCGCGGUGAUGCAGCUGCUCGGCGAGGCGCAGGAUCCGGCCAUUCAGUCGAUACGGCCCUGCUUCUCCGCCCACUCCGACGCGGUGCUGCUCAACGCGGAGGUCGCCGACCGCAUCCCCCUGUCCAGUCUGGUUGUGCCGUGGAACAAGCUUGUGCGCAACCCGGUGCCCGAAGUGCCGCCCAUCGACCUCAAUCCCAACCUCGCUCGUGUCGAGGAUCGACUCGAGUCCGUCAACGCGCAGUUUGUCGCCUCCGACCCACGCCUCGGCAAGGCCAACUUCCAGGUGUCGGUGUACGAGGCGGACGGCAGCGUUGUCGUCGGCGCCUCGCAGGAGCAGGUGGCCGCUGCGAUCGCGCGGGGUGCGGUGCUCGUCGUCCUCGAGGGCGAGUGCUGCCGCGACCGGGUCGGCGAUCGGGCCCUUUCGCUUCCGUUCUACGCGAAGCUGAACGGCGAGGCGUCGACGCAGACCGCUUUCUACGCGGAUUUGCUUCUCCCAAAGUCGUACGAGGGCCGGCUCGCGGUCGUCGUGCACGUGAACGCCAACGUCACAAACUGCCGCUGCUGCUUCGAGGCCUCGCUGGUGGUCCCCGCUGGCGACGGGGAGGAGGGCGGCGAGGCCCCGUCGGCGUUGGAGGUUGCCGACGGCGACAGCGACGCCCUGCCCAACCUCGUCCGCGUCGUCACCCGCCCGCACUGCCGAGAGGCACACGAGUACACGGCCACUCAGCGCGCGCAGCAGGUCCGCAUCAUUAGCUACCUCUGCGAGCCUCUCCUCCGCUCGUUUGCUGGUGGCGCGGAUGCGGGCGGCAGCAGCAGCAGUGGCGGCGCUCAGCGCCGCGUUGCCCGCCACAUCUCGUUUGCCGAUUCCAACUUUCUCGGCGACCACAGCGGCGGCGGCGUGGCCACGCUGCCGGGUCUCAUCGCGCGGUCCUCGCACCGCGUCGCGCAGAGCAAGGCCCGGCUUUUCGACUUUGAGACGUGGGCCGUCGCCUCCGCCCGCGUGCCUCAUCUAUGCCACACGUUUGCCUCCGACGAAUCCGAGACGCUGGUGCCGAUGCAGGCCCACUCGUGCAACCUGGCGACGACGGUCUUCACCGUCUCGCUGGUCGACGAGGUCGCAGCGUGGGCGAGCCUCGUGGCCGGGCCGAUCGAUGCGGUGCCCAAUCUCGAUAUCGCUUUUGAGCAGUGCAUCGUGCAGGUCCUCGAGAUCAUCGCGCCCGACAUCGCGUCCGUUCUCAUCGCACAGCGAGGCUCGUUCUCGGAGUCGAGCUGGAGGAAGUCGCUUGCGCUCCUCAUCAGACUGAAGCUGUGCGAUGAGAACGGACACGUCCUCGACACCGUCACGCUCGAGACGCUCGCGGCGAUCCCCUCGCUCAAGGGGCUCGGCUCCUCCGGCUUCAGCCGCAUCGCCUGCCAGAACGGCGGCCGCAACUCGCUCGGGCGCGUGGCGACGGCGGCGGAGGUCGCGCGAUUCCUCCAGCGCGGCGGCGUGCUCGCGGUGCUCGAGGCCCUCGACCACGUGCCCACGCGCGGCGACAUCGCCCGUCGCACCCGCGCCCUCCUGAUUGCACAGAUUGCCGACGUUGUCGCGUUCAAUCUCAAAGCCACCACGCACAACACCAGCGAGCCGCCGCCGAGGACGAAGGUGGCGCUGCUCCCAGAGAAUGGCUCGGUCAAGGUCUCAUCGCUCGGUGCGGCGCGCGGCGCGUUCAACCUGGCCACCGCUGCUCCGGUCUCGCCCGCCGCCGUCGUCGCCCACAACCUCCUCCGCUCCAAGCACAACGGGACGGCGGCGGAGGCGGACCAGCUCGCCCUCCUCGACACGAUCCGCUCGUGGUCGAUCAAAGAGCUCGCCGCGGCGAAGCGCCAGCUCACCCUCGCACGGCAAAGUGUCGCCUCGGGCCGCGACGAGCUCUUCACCCUCCUUGAGCAGCUCCUCUCACAGCGGAACGCGUCUGGCCAGCUGGUCUUCAGAGACCGCAACGGCGGGCCGAGCUUCCAGAGGAUCGCAACGCACCCACAGAUCUCGCCAUUCGCGAUGAGUGCGAACGCCUUGCAGAAAGCAUGCGCAACCUGCAAAAUACUGGCAGUCCUCGUCGACCGGUACUGUCAGACCUCUCAGGCUGCCCAGGCCGAGAAGGUCCGCUCGGUCGCGCUGCUCUGCAAGGAGAUCCAGCCACGCAGCACGACCAUGAAACGGCAGGACUGGGAGCGCAUGUGCGAACUGGUCGCUGGCCGCAAGGUCCACUGCCUGGCCGACCUGAGCUGGGAGCAGCUGAAGACGGUGCGCGCCGAUGGGAUCAAAAAGGCAACCAAGUCGUCCGGCUCCGGCUCCCACGUCCUCAUCCUCGCCGAGAACUUCUCGGUGGCGGACGGCCGGCCCGCAUCCGCCCCUCUCGGGGCUGGACCCGUCAAAUUAUGCAGCUCCUCGAUCCGCCUCGACGGCUCGCGCGGCAUCCUCGUUGCGGCAGAGGGCGACCACGUCUACGUGGACGGCGUGCACCUGCCGCGGGGGGCGGAGGCGCCGCUCCUGCCUGGCGCCCGGGUCGAGGUGAAGCCGCCCUCUCCGCCAUCGCCGCAGCCCGCCGCCUCCGUCCCCUCCAACCCCGUCGCCUCCUCCACCGUCACCACCGACGCCGUCGCCGCCGAGCCCGUUGCCGCCGAGCCCGUCGCCGCCGAGCCCGCCGCCGCCGAGCCCGCCGCCGCCGAGCCCGCCGCCCCCGAGCCCGCCGCCGUUGAGCCUGCCGCCCCCGAGCCCGCCGCCGUCACCGUCUCGCCGCAACAGCUUUGGCGCCACCGCCCGAACCAAGCCAAUCUUCUGGCCACCGCUGCCGCCACGCGCUCUCUCGAGGAGCUGCAGCGCGGCGACCGCGCCGCGGCGCAGCGGAGCGCGCUCGAGGCACUGAGCCACGAUGCCACGAGCCCGGCAGCUCUCGGCGCGGCGCGGAAGUCGGGGCUCGUCCGGCAGCCGCAGCGCCUCGCCCUCGUGCGUGAGAGCCAGAGCGAUGAUGCUCCGCGGGUUAUCCUGCUUCCCGCCAACGGCGGCCAGAUCACCGUUGGCCGGUCGCCGCACGCCGACGCGGUGCUCAACGCGCAUAUCUCGCUGUCGUAUCCGUGCUUGAUCAGCGGGUGCCACGCCAGGCUGCGCGCCGUGGGGGGAGAAGCGGAGAUUUCGGACGGCGGCUUCGGUGCCGGCAAACCCUCGCUCAACGGCACCGCCGUCGACGGCGUGCUCGUGCCGCGCGCGCCUCUCGUCGGCCCCGAGCCGUCGCCGACCGCGAUCCAGUUGGGCGCCAUCGUCGAGUUUGGCGCGCCCCACCUCAUCUCGAAGCGGUGGCAGGGGGGCCUGACCGAGGUGACUACCCGCAGCAGGAUACUCUCUUGCCGCAUCUAA